CUUCCUCAGAACAUCAACUCUCAAGCAUGUUCUAGACUCGAAACCAAUGUAAAUGCACCGAAUGUCUUCCUCGUUCUCGAAGCGUGUUUCUCUCCUCCCAAGGAGCCUAAGGAAUGACAAACGUGAACGACGACGGCAGACAACCUACCCUUUGGCCAAUUCGUCUCGCAAAAAGGAUAGAAGAUGGCCCCUUGUCCUGAGGUUCUGGAAAGGCUCGAUUCACGGAACAAUACUCUUUCCAGUUACCAUGCAUUCCAUCCUGGCAGCCUUCAUUGUUUAUGUGAACCAGCACAUAAAUAGCGACUUCAAUCUACCAAGCAGCAUCAUCCCGUCCCUGUCCAUCGUCGUGGGUCUGAUGCUUGUUUUCCGAAAUCAAACAGCUUACUCCAGAUUCUGGAAUGGCCGGUGCCAUCUAAACACUGUAACAACAGCUGUUCGAUGUCUCUCGCGUCAGAUUCUCGUUCUUGUCCCAGCGCCAACGUUUUCUGGCCUCCAGUCAAUAAGUUCAUUCGACUCUUUGAUUCCUAGACUUCCCAGAGAUUCAACAAAUGUCGACAAGGCACCGGCUUUGGGAGAAACAGCUCUAUUGCCAGCGGAUCAAGCAAAGACAAUCGAGACAGUCAAAAUCUUGAUUGCAAUGUUGUACACUAUCAAGAACCAUCUCAGAGCUGAAUGGGGAGUUGCACUCAGUCCAGGAACGAGCCUUACCGCCGACGGCCAGGAAGCUAACACGGAUGAGUAUAAAGACUUGUUACCUCUUGGCUUGAAGGGUUAUGAGCACCGGGGACUGGGCCUGACUCUAGAAUUGGCAUGUUUUGUGGAGAAAUACAUCCAAUUGGGUGUAAAGAAAGGGUGGUUUCAUAAUGCGGCUUCAGGAACCAUGCUUUCCCACCUGAAUGCUCUUACUUCAGCCUAUGGAAGCAUGGAGGUCAUUCGUCUUGUUCCAAUCCCAGUGGCUCAUCUCAUUCAUCACAAGCAAACUCUUGCGCUAUUCUGUGGCAUUCUCCCCUUUGCGAUGGCCUCGGAAAUGGACUGGUGGUGCGUCCCGUUGGUAGCCUUUGUUUCCUUUACUUUAUAUGGCAUUGAAGGUAUCGCUGCAACAUAUGAAGACCCAUUUGGUGUGGCUAAAAUCGAUAUCAACAUGGACGACAUUGUCGAAGACACUCGGCGAGAAGUUGAAGUUUUAUUGACUGCCUGGGAGACUCAAGGCCCUGGGAAUGGAGGUAUCUUUCGGCCUCGUGUUGGUGAGCAAACUAUGUCACCAAGAUCAGAUAAUAGCAGUGACUAUGAAGUUGGUGCAAUGGGUAGUAGCGAGGAGACUGUGGCAAAAAACAGAGUACGGUUUGCGGUCGGUGAUUUGAGUGGGGAAAGAUAUAAAGAUGAUGAUACAACGGAGGUGAGAGGGCUGAAACCUUCCAGGCUCGGAAGUGCUGCGAGUCCAGAUACGACCCGUGAGGAAACAGGGAACGAUGGGUCCGAGUACUUUGAAGUUGCGUAGCACCACCUAAGGCUAGAUUUAAAUUCAGAUGGUGCAACAAAAAUGGAUCACAGAAGUUGGCUGAAAC